CUAGGGUCUUUGGUUGCGAAGACGAACAUCCCUAAUGCAUUACAGAAUAACACGGUAGCGAAGGAAAAGACUGUCGUCUACAAUAUAUUAGCUACAAUGUAGCACCUAUAUAGCGAAAUAUUAGCUACAAUGUAGCACUUAGAUAACGUUAUACAUAUUUGCCAAUCGAGCAAAACAUGUUGCUAUUCAUUUGGCUGCCAUAGUGUGAUACAAUGUUUUGGUGAAGAUUGAGUAGUCGCUAGCUCCGGAAUAACAAGACGAGGGGAGUCGUCAGAGAAAGCUAAGUGUGUUACAUGGAGGCACAUAUCUGCCAUCGCCUGAAGGUUUUGAAGGGAGCGCGGGGCUAUACGUCACCUCUGUUCGCUUAACUAAGCAUCUUGGCCACAUAAUGGCUCUGAGUCCCCAGCUAUGCGUAUCUUAGGCCGGGGAAAGGGCGUGUAACGCGUGCGGAUAACGGGGCCAGUUUGCAGCUCGUCUGUCUUCCCGCGUUACCGCCCCGCUUUUCAUUUCUCCCGCACAAGCAAAACCAGGAAAUACGAAUUUAUCUGCUAUCAUUAAUUACCUGCUUCUGCUUCGGACAUGGGGAAUACACCGUCCUGCUGCGUGGCGUCGAGCCCAAAGCACCGGCGGAACAAUCACUCCAGGCUAGAGCCGUACCGGCCAGAGCCUGAGCUGAGCAGAGAGGACACCGGCUGCAACCUCCAACACAUCAGUGACAGAGAAAAUUUGGACGACCUGCCAAUGGAGUACAAUCCCUCAGACCAUCCUCGGGCCAGCACCAUCUUCCUUAGCAAAUCUCAGACUGAUGUUGCUGUGCACAACAAGCGAGUUCGAGAAAAGAGGAAGAGCCUUUACAUCAAUCAUUUCACACACAUUUCGGAAAACAAGCAUCAUCCAGGCCCGGUGAGACGAAAGUACAGCUCGUGUUCUACCAUAUUCCUUGAUGACAGCACUGUUAGUCAGCCCAACCUCAAAUACACCAUUAAAUGUGUAGCCCUUGCAAUAUUCUAUCACAUACGAAACAGAGAAGUUGAUGGAAGAAUGAUGUUGGACAUAUUUGAUGAGAAGCUGCAUCCUCUCUCAAAGUCUGAAAUUCCUCUGGACUACGACAAGCACGACCCAGAGCAGAAGCAGAUUUAUCGCUUUGUAAGGACGCUCUUCAGCGCUGCACAGCUCACGGCUGAGUGUGCAAUUGUCACAUUGGUGUAUUUGGAGAGGCUCCUGACCUACGCUGAGAUUGACAUUUGCCCAGCCAACUGGAAGCGUAUUGUGUUAGGAGCCAUCCUCCUGGCAUCCAAAGUCUGGGAUGAUCAGGCAGUGUGGAAUGUCGACUACUGCCAAAUUCUCAAGGAUAUCACUGUGGAAGACAUGAACGAGCUGGAGCGGCAGUUUCUGGAGCUGCUACAGUUCAACAUCAAUGUGCCGUCCAGCGUCUACGCUAAGUAUUACUUUGACCUGCGUUCUCUGGCUGAGGCCAACAACCUCAGUUUUCCUCUAGAGCCUCUCAACAGGGACAAGGCGCAGAAACUGGAGGCUAUCUCUAGGUUGUGUGAUGAUAAAUACAAGGACCUGAAGAGGCUAGCCAAGAAGCGGUCGGUGAGUGCAGACAACCUGGCAGGCGUGCGGUGGUGUCCAGCCAUCAUUUCCUAAUGGCAGCUGCGACGCUCAGGAGCAGACGGACCUGCCAGCUGGCCAAGGAAAGCGGCUGUCCAGUGGAUAUGUGGGUGGGUGUGUGUGUGUGUGUGUCUGAUCAGACACACACAAACAAAAACUGACACUUUUACGAAGCAAGAUCGCACACCUCUCUGGUUGUAAAUAAAGGAACUGUACUACACUGAACCAGACCGAAUCGGGCAGAACCAAACUGAGGUGUGUGAGCGCAACAAAAUGAAGGAUCGCAGAUGCGAAAUGGAAAUACAACAUGUGAGAUGUCAACGUUGGAAGGGAAAACAAAUUAAAGUAGCACCAUUGCUACAUUCCUGUCAUUUUUAAACUUCCGCCUUUGUUUCUUAGCUUAUUUUUAAUUCCUCACGCUCUUCCAUUCCCAAUUCAAUCAUACACAACAGAGUACACAUUCUGUUAUUGCAUAUCAGCACACCAUUGUUGGCUCUAUAUUAUUUUAGCCUUAUACCCGACAUUCCUGCUCAGUGGGCCAAAGAAAAUCAGUGUUCGAACUCUCACUGGACACUUUUGACAUGAUGACUGAUUCAACUUGCAAGUGUCUUGUCCCCACUCAGAUACCGCAGUUCACUUCAAGCAAUAUGCUUUGCCUCGUUGUUGUGAUCAGGUAUAGAAAAAGCAUGCAUACUUUCUCUCAGUCUGAUGUGAAAUGUACCAGAGGUCAUGUACUUUUUUCACUGCCAUUGUCCUGACCUGUGGUGCCUGUUCCAAGCGACUUCAACUACCACUGGAGAAAACCACUCACUAACAGAUAACUUUUUAGCCCUGGCUACGUUUUUCUAUGGUUCUUCCUGCAGCACAAGUCAAAGCUCUGCAUUCAAAAGCCACUAAAACAUGACAAGUUGUAUGUUGUGGAGAGAGGCUGAAUGAAUGAAAAUGUGACAAUUAUAUAACACUGCUCACACACAGAUUGUAUAGCUUUUGCUAAUUUGUGUCUGUAUAGUGUAUAUACAGUGCCAAUGUGCAACAACUGCUCUUGUACUGUUAGAAUAUUUCUAUUAGUUUCUACUGUACAUGAGGUGGACAGCAAUUAUGUGACAAAUCAUUUAAAGAAGUAUAAAGUUUUAAAAUUGGAAAUGACACCCUCAAAUACUUCUUUCUUGUUUUUGUUGAAGUUUUGUAACUAAGUUGCCAUCUUAGUACAAUUCACCAAUUUAGGCUGAUGUGAUUUUUUUAAAAUUAUUUUUUAGAUCUUGUCUACAAACCUUGUUAUAUAUUUUAUUUACGAUACACAAAGAGACACACCAAACGGACAAAAUUAAAUCCGCAGGGUGAAACCAGAUGCUUCACUGUGUGGGAUUGUCAUGAAUAGUACAGUACAAAAUUUAAUACAACUUAUACAACUUUCAAUUGUGAAAAAAAGGCCCAACGUAAAUAAAUCCAAAAUUAGUUUUCAUGCUCGUUUAUUAAAUUUUAUUGGGCACACACUGUGUCGUAUAUUACUUUCAUUUCCUUUUUCCCCAACCCAUUUCAAGUAGCAUAAGUUAGCCACUUUGCUUGCUAGUUUUUGCUUUAAAAUUCUUUAUUUGUAACAUUAGCCUUUGAUCUAAAGAUUCUUUAGCACAACUUAUAGCAGCUUUUGAUAUAAUAUUUUUACCAAAAGUGACCUGCUUGGCACAUAGCCGGAAAACCGUCAUCAGUGUAGUUAGCUCACUAUAGCUAGCCGCUGAAACCAACUAGGACAAAAAACCAUUACAGACGUAUAGACCUCAUCUUUGAAUGAUUGGUGACUGGAAAUUUGAUUUGUAAACAUUGAAUAGACCGCACAAAUUGGAAGAUACAAGCAAGUAAGAAACGUCACAUCGAGGGAAGACCCCACUGAAGCAGGUGUAGAAGGAUGACUGCAAUGCACAAAUGUGUCUUUUAGAGAGAAAGUU